GACGUGGCCGGGAUACGUCUUAACGCCGUGUUUCAACGGACCGGGGCGAUUCAAACGAGGCAAACCGGCUUUGUUCAGACACUCGUGGAAUUUCGAUAGAUGCUCGAACAAGUCUCUCUGACACUCUGAUAUCACCACUUUCUAACAAUGUCUGGGAAAAUCAAGAGCCGAAGUGCCGCGAACGCAGACUCGAUAUCUGGCGGUGUGUCCUGCGAUGAGCGCAUCUUGCGGGACUGUCACCAACUGUACACGGAUCCCGACAGUGGGUUGAUUACAGUGGCCGAGUCUGUUGGUGUGAAGUUGCUGCCGCCCAGGAAAAAGAUCACCGUGAUGCUGAUGGGCAACCACUCUGCUGGGAAAAGCUCCUUCAUUAACUGGUAUGUGGAGGAGCACAUCCAGCGCACUGGAGUGGCUAUUGAGACCCAAGGCUUCAGCUUUGUUACAAAUGGACGCAAGAGAGAGUCUCUCACAGGAAAUGCCACCCUUCAUCUAUACCCACACUUCAAGCCUCUACAAGAGUUCAAAGGUGUUUCAGAGUACCUGAGCACAGAGAUCUGUACGUCACGUCAGAAACGGUUCAGCCUGGUGACAUUUGUGGAUUCGCCAGGCUUGGUGGACGGUGAUAUGAAAUAUCCCUUUGACGUAGACGAGGUUAUCCUGUGGCUGGGUGAUCUCUGCGACCUGAUUCUGGUCUUCUUUGACCCCAUGGGUCAGGCUCUGUGCAAGCGCACCCUGAACAUUGUGGAGAGUCUGAAUGAGAAACACGGGGACCGCCUGCGUUUUUACCUGAGCAAGGCUGACGAGGCUGGGGGAGAGUCAGACAGACAGAGAGUAAUGAUGCAGAUUGUCCAGGAGCUCUGCAAGCGACCAGGACUCAACAAGUGUGGUUUUGACAUGCCCACCAUCUAUAUCCCCAAUCCAAACAAGCCAAGUCGCUGUGUCAACCAGAUUGAGGAGGUGUGUCGCACCAUCGAGAAAACUAUUAACCAAACAGUGCAGAAUACCCUCAACUCUCUGGAGAAGGACUGUGAGCUCAUUAGUGAGGCCAUCACUGAUACACUCAUUAACGACAGGCAGACCAGUGUAGAGAACCGACGAGCGCGCUGCAAGAGCUGCUUCCUGACUCUGCUGGGCUUCAGCGUCCCGAUGGCUCUGAUGGCUUUACUGGUGCUGGGCGCUCUGUCCAAGGAGCUGCUGGAGGUGGCUCUGGGCGACCAGGGCACAGAGGCGCUGUCACUCUACUUGACUCCCGUAGUGAGAAUGUUUGACUCCCUCUCUGUGGAGCAGCAGCUCUACAGCUGUGGUGGACUGGUCCUUCUCUCCUUCCUCCUGCUCAUCAUUGCACGCUUCUUCUUCAGGACCCGACCGACUCUGUCGGGCAAACAGAAGAGGCAGCUGCAGGAGAAGCUGGAGUAUGUUCAGGAGGUGGUCAAGACCAAAAAGAAAAAGCUCUAUGAAGAAUACCUUCGCCAGAGUGUCAGCGAUCAUGACAUGGACCUGUAAUGAAAAAUGAGAAGUACACAAAAGACUCAGCAUCGACACAGUGAAGUAGGACCAAAUGAAAUUAAAGCUUGUCCAAGGUCUCACAGCACUCAUACUCUUGUAGAAACCCAUCUAAGAUUUGGUGCUUUGAAUACUGUACAGUCUGUUUAACUAAUGAUGUUACCUGUGUAAAAACUGUUUAAACACACUACCUGCAGAUUACUAUGGUUCAGUCUCAUGACAAAUGAGCUUUUGUUACUUAUUACUUACUUAUAGUGAGCAUUUAUAAACAUGUCUUCUGUGCCUCUGCUCCAUUCAAAGGAAUUCAGGCUUAUACCACUUUAAGAUAUUUAAAAAAUUGCAAACUAUUUAUAAUAUUACUUUAUCAGAGAAACUGUAUUUUGGUUAAACAACAUGUAGCACGGGUUUACGCAAGUCACUUUGUACAUGUUACGGUUUUUCAAGACAGAAUUUUAUACAGAACUUUUCCUUCUUCGCAUCAUGAAUUUACAGUUACAUUUACAAAUCUGUAUCAUGAUGUCUGUUAUGUGGUCAAUUGUCCAUACAAUUCCUGUUUCUGAAGUACAUGACGAUUGAAAGCCAGCAAUCAUACAAUUUAUCAGUGACCAAUUCAACUUUUUGUAUUUUCCUGUUCUGCAUUGUGACUCUUUUAAUUACAAGUGAUUAAUAAAAAAACUAUGUUCAAUAUA